AUGGACCAACUUUUGAAGGAACAACGCGAAGUAAUGCGACAAAUCCACCGAACUCUAGAAAACUUCAGGAAGAUCGGUCAGGCUAAUUAUACGACCUGCAACAUACGCUGUCGACAAGCGCUUCUUCAAGAAAGAUGGGGAAAAUGCCAGGCGUUACAUUCUGCCAUUGUGGCGGCAGCCUCUCAGGACGAUGUGGAGAGACUGUCAUACUUCCGGAGUGACGAGAUGCAGACAACGGAGGACAGCUAUUUCGAGGCGGCGGAUUUCUUCGCCGAACUGUUGGAUAAGUUGUCAACACCCGUGUCAAAUUCUAGUAUUGUUAAUAAUUCUACUGCUUUAAACGCUGCGUCAAUGCCUUUACCUCGCAUUCAGUUACCAAAAUUUUCGGGUCAAUAUACCGAAUGGUCAAAUUUUCGAGAUUUAUUUCAUUCCUUGGUAGUCUCUAAUGAAGGGUUGUCCGAUGUGCAACGGUUGCAUUAUUUGAAGAUGAGUCUAAUCGGAGAGGCUAGUCUGAUCCUGAGAAAUAUAUCAGUUACCGAGGCUAACUAUCAAACUGCGUGGACUGAGUUGACGCGGCGUUAUGAAAACAAGAGAAUGAUUGUAUCCAGUCAUUUACGCGCUGUUCUCGAGCUGACGCCUAUGAAAUCUGAAUCCGCGACUGAAUUAAAACGAGUUUACGAUAACAUAAACGACUCUGUUCAUGCGUUGAAAAACCUUGGCCGUGCAGUAGACGACGAUUUCGUGGUCGCGAUUAUUGAACGUAAAUUAGAUGUAAAAACACUGCAAGAGUGGAAUCUUCUUCUCGGAGGUGCAACCGAACUUCCGACCUUCAAAGAACUCAGUCAAUUUCUAGUCAAUCGACUAAGAGCUUUAGAAGCUACUCAACAAAUCAGUGAAGGGAAUAAGAAAUCAAGUCGUACAACAAACACGAAAUCUCUCGUCUCUGCCGUUGAUAAAUCUAAAUGCAUUUCAUGUAACGAAGCUCACUCGCUGUAUCAAUGUACUAACUUUAAAUCAUUAAACGUAGGUAAACGUAAGGAACUUGUAAAAAAGCAUCGCUGUUGCUUCAAUUGUCUGGGAAAGGGACAUUACCCUCGAAAUUGUCUCUCGAGCAGGAAGUGUGCUCGCUGCGGCCGCAAGCACCAUUCGCUUUUACAUGAGGAAGUUGAAGGUAAUAAUUCGGAUAAAGAGAAAGCUGAAUCCGACAAGGAAGACGAAGGUUCCGCAGCUAAUUCGGUGAGUCCUACAACGUCUAGUGUGGCUCUGAAGGCAUUGAUUUCUCGAGAUUCAUUCGAUGAUUCGCCGACACGAGUCUUACUCGCUACCGCGCGAGUAACCGUACGCUCCUUUGCUGGUCGAUCUGUAAAGUUACGCGCAUUAAUUGAUACUGGCUCGGAAGCCACUUUUAUAAGUGAGCGAGCUGCACAGUCAUUGAGACUUUCUCGCAGAAAAGUUAAGAUACGCGUGACGGGUAUAGGCGACCAAUGCGCUAAUGUUGUUAAUUAUACGUCGCAAAUACAAAUAGGCGCGUGCGGCAAUGAUGACGAUUUUAUAAAAACAAGUGCUCUCAUCCUUCCGAACCUUACUUCCCAUCGAGACAUUCCGAACUUUAGAUUCGAUACUAUCCCUCACUUGAGAGGAAUCAAACUAGCGGACGGAAAUAAGUCCAAACUCGAUCGCAUCGACCUGCUAAUUGGUGCUGACCUCUACGGAUCUAUCUUGCUCGAUGGAUUACGAAAAGGUUCUGCCGAUGAACCUAUUGCUCAGCGCACAAUAUUUGGCUGGAUAGUAUUCGGGCCUUGUGCGCCUUCGACCAGACGAGGAACCCCUUCCAAGGGCAUAUCCUGUUUACAGUCGAAUAUCUCCCACGCGAAUGAAUUAAAUCUUCGCAAAUUCUGGGAGCUUGAAGAAAUUCCAAGCUUCCAUGCUCCCUCGGAGGACGAAAACCGUUGCGAACUGCAUUUCGCCUCCACUCACUCUCGCCGCACCGACGGUCGUUACGUCGUGAAGUUGCCCUUCAAAGAAGGCGCUGUUACCGAGUUCGUUGAUUCGUUUCAAAUCGCGUCGCGAUCGCUCAAUCGAUUAGAAAUCCGUCUCUCCAAGGACGUUAAACUUGCGGAGGCAUAUUCUUCCUUUCUGUCUGAAUACGAGCAGCUUGGACAUAUGGCUCCUACUGUUCUCCCGAAGAACUCUGAUUUUCGAACAUCAGCUGGUUAUUAUAUGCCUCAUCAUCCGGUUCUUAGAGAAUCUAGUACUACUUCCCCUCUGAGGGUUGUAUUUAACGCUUCUUGCGUAACUCGAUCAGGUUCGUCACUUAAUGACCAGUUGUUGACGGGACCUAAGCUACAAACGGAUCUCCCAUCGAUUCUACUCAGAUGGAGAACUCAUCGGUUAGUCUAUAUCGCUGACAUAGCAAAAAUGUUUAGGCAAAUUUUCGUAUACCCCGCUGACACGAAGUAUCAAAGAAUCUUAUGGCGUUCUGACGUAGACAAACCAGUCUCUUCCUACGAUUUGUUAACCGUAACUUAUGGUACUGCUUGCGCGCCAUACUUGGCGAUGCGCGUUCUAAAACAAUUGUGCGACGAUGAGGGUGCCGCAUUCCCACGCGCCACAUCGGUUUUGCACGAAUCUACCUACGUGGACGACGUUCUUUUCGGCGCCCACGAUCCCUCUGAAAUUUCAGAAAUCCGAGAACAGCUUAACUCUCUCUUAAAAUUGGGAGGUUUCCAUUUGCGAAAGUGGACAUCGAAUUCCGCAGAACUUCUUCAUGAAAUACCUAAGACUGAUCUUUUGGUCAGCACACCUGUCUCGUUUUCUGAUAAUCAGCCAAUCAAGGCCUUGGGCCUAUCCUGGAAGCCAGAACGCGAUUGUUUCACUUUUCACUUUAAUUCUCCAGAAUUUGAGAAAACAAGAGGGAACAUUGAAACGACAAAGCGCUCCGUUCUCUCCAAUAUAUCUCGCAUAUUUGACCCUCUCGGUCUAAUUACACCGAUCGUUAUCCUAGCGAAGGUAUUCCUACAGGAACUGUGGAUUCGAAAGUUAGAUUGGGACUCUCCGUUACCGAGUGAUCUCCGAGAAUCUUGGGAGAGUUAUUUCGAAAAUCUGAAGUGUCUGCACGAAGUGUCGAUACCACGAUGGACUAAUCAAGGUCCAAAUAUUAACGGAGUGCAGCUGCAUGGAUUCGCUGAUGCGUCUAGCAGAGCUUACGCAGCAGUCGUUUACCUUAGGGUCGAAAUUGAUGCGAAUCUAGUCAGAACUAGCCUCCUUAUUAGUAAGACUAAAAUAGCGCCGUUUCAAACGGUCAGUAUUCCUCGUUUAGAGCUGGGCGCGGCUCAGUUACUCACCAAACUCUUAUCAUUUGUAAAGCUUACUCUAAAUCUUUCCACAGUUCCUCUCUACUGUUGGUCGGACUCGAUGAUUACUCUCUCCUGGAUUAAGAAACAUCCUUCUCAAUGGAAAACUUUCGUGGCCAAUCGAGUAGCCGACAUACAAAAUCGAUUACCGGACGCAGUUUGGGGAUAUGUCAAUACAAAGCAAAACCCAGCCGACUGCGCCUCUCGUGGCGUCAGUACAUCUUAUCUCAAGGAUCACCACCUCUGGUGGUACGGACUUUCUUGGCUCAAAUUAGAUACUUCCUCCUGGCCUGAGCAACCGCACCCGGAAGGUAUUCUUAUCGAGGAGGAAAUGAGAUCUGUGAAAACUCUAAUCGUUCGUUCCGACCGAUCAGAAUGGAAUCUCCCGGACGAUGUCUCAACAUGGCCUCGUCUUCUCAAGAUAACUGCAUAUUGCAUUCUCUUGUGCAGUAAACUUUCGCGUUAUAGGCGCUUCUCAACUCUUGCUCAAAAUGAUUGUAAGAAUUCACUAGCGAUCGCUAUAAAAUUAGCUCGAUCCUUUUGGAUCAGGUCGGUACAAAUCUUUCAUUUUUCUGACGAAAUCUCUGCUAUCAAAUCAGGAGCACAGCUUCCAAAGGCUAGCAAACUGAAAAGUCUGAAUCCCUUCGUGGACGACGACGGAUUGUUACGAGUGGGAGGCCGAUUAGAAAAUUCUCCGUUCUCUUACGAAGAGAAACAUCCGGUUAUCUUACCUCGUCAUCGAAUCUCUGACCUUAUCGUCGAGCAAGCACAUAGGCGUUGCCUCCACGGCGGCUCUCAGUUAACCCUCCGAGCUGUAAGACAACAAUUCUGGAUUUUGAACGCACGGAAUCUAGUGAAGUCAGUCGUGCACAAUUGCGUCAUUUGCACGCGUUACCGGGCAAAGCCUAUUUCUCAGCAGAUGGGAGAAUUACCGAAGGCGCGCGUCACCCCGUCACGUCCUUUCGUCCACACAGGAGUGGAUUACGCUGGCCCGUUUCACGCGACGUACUCCGCGACGCGAGGGCAGAAAUCUCACAAGGUGUACGUUGCCCUGUUCGUUUGUCUUUCAACCAGAGCAAUCCAUUUGGAACUCGUCAAUGAUUAUACUUCCAACGGAUUUAUCGCCGCAUUUAAACGAUUUUCGGCUCGACGCGGUCUACCUUCCGUUAUGUAUAGCGAUAACGGCACCAAUUUUCAGGGAGCUGAGCGCGAACUAUCACGAGCCUUCUAUGCUCUAACGCGUGAUUCGAAUCUAAAGUCCUGGCUAGCAACCGACAAGAUUAGUUGGAAAUUUAUUCCACCCUCCGCUCCACACUUCGGGGGCCUGUGGGAGGCUGGAGUUAAAGCUAUGAAGCAUCAUUUCAAAAGAAUAGUAGGAUCGCACACGCUCUCCCUUGAAGAGUUCUCUACACUAUUAGCGCAGAUCGAAUCGUGUUUAAAUUCACGCCCUAUCUCUUCCUUGACCGAUGAUCCUAACGAUCUUUCCUCUUUAACUCCAGGACAUUUCCUGGUAGGCCGACCUUUAAAUUCAAUGCCUGAGGAGUCGGUACUGGACUUGUCGGAAGCUAGGUUGAGCCGAUGGCAGCGAGUCCACCGAAUGUUCGAGAGCUUCUGGAGGAUUUGGUCCAAAGAUUAUUUACACGGUCUUCAGCAAAGAAACAAGUGGCAACAGGGUUGUGACAAUCUCCGAGUAGGAGAACUUGUAAUUGUCCGAAAUGAUCUGCUCCCUCCCAGCAAGUGGGAGCUAGCGCGUAUCGUCAAGGUUUUUCCGGACUCAAGCGGAAAUGUCCGAGUAGCAGAAGUAAAAACUGCCUCCGGACUAUUUAAAAGACCAAUCGUUAAAUUGUGUAAACUACCCGUCGAAACUUGUCAAAAUUGA